GUCAGCGUGUCGCAAACAAGGAUAGCUGGUUACACACAUGUUUCUGCUUUGGACGGGUUUACAUCCAGAAGAAGGACAUCUCUACAUUCUGGUGCCAUGAAUCGAGAAGGAGUUUCAGUUCUGUUGACAACUUUGUUCUCCAGUUUGCUGCUCCUAUGUGUUUUGGCACUGCUGUGUUUCUUCACCUGCAGACUAGCUUCAAGAGUUCUGCCAGUUGGAGCCCCACUGCGUUUUUGACAGAGCAUGUGAAUAAGCCUCAAGUCAUGAUCCGGGAGCCUUCUGACAUCCUUGGAACUCGAGAUAUUCUGCAAAACGGCGGCUGAUACAAAAUGAAGGUCGCUGCACUCAUUAUCCUCGGUUGCCUGGUUUGGGAAGGAACUGCAAAGCCUGAAUUUCCAGAACAAGAGAAGGACCCUGAAUUCUGGAAGGAAUGGGCUCAGCGCACACUAAAAAAUGCUUUGACCCUCCAAGACCUCAACAAGAAUGUUGCCAAGAACAUCAUUCUUUUUCUUGGUGAUGGCAUGGGUAUAUCCACGGUCACAGCAGCACGCAUUCUAAAGGGUCAACUGAAUGGACAGAAUGGUGAGGAAACGCAGCUAGAGAUGGACAAAUUUCCGUACGUUGCCCUCUCUAAGACAUAUAACACCAAUGCUCAGGUCCCAGACAGCGCGGGCACUGCCACGGCAUAUCUGUGCGGGGUGAAGGCCAACGAGGGUACGGUUGGAGUGAACGCAGCAGCUGUGAAAUCCCAGUGCAACACCACUCGGGGGAACGAGGUCACCUCCAUUCUUAAAUGGGCCAAAGACGCAGGCAAAUCAGUGGGAAUCGUCACAACAACACGAGUGAAUCAUGCCACUCCGAGUGCGGCGUAUGCACACUGUGUGGAGCGGGACUGGUAUUCAGAUGGAGAAAUGCCUGAUGAAGCACUCCAGAGCGGAUGCAAGGACAUCGCCAGACAACUCUUUGAAAAUAUCCCUGACAUUGAUGUGAUUAUGGGGGGUGGGCGGAAAUAUAUGUACCCCAGAAACACACCAGAUGUGGAAUACCCAGGAGACAAGAAACACAACGGUACACGCAAAGAUGGCAGGAACCUUGUGAAGGAGUGGACUGACAGAAUGAAGGACAAGAGAGGCUCCUAUGUGUGGAACAGGAAGGAUCUCGUUUCUUUGAAUCCAAACAAUGUGGAUUAUCUUUUGGGUCUUUUUGAGCCAGGAGAUCUGCCCUAUGAGCUCGAGAGAAACCAAGAAACUGACCCUUCGCUUACUGAGAUGGUAGACGUGGCCAUUAAGAUCCUCAAAAAAAAUGAACGCGGAUUCUACUUAUUGGUGGAAGGUGGGCGCAUUGAUCAUGGACACCAUGAUGGAAAAGCCAAGCUGGCCCUACAUGAGGCUGUGGAAAUGGACCGGGCCAUCACCCGAGCCGGUCUCCUCACCAGCAUUUAUGACACACUGUCAGUCGUCACGGCUGAUCACUCUCACGUCUUCAGCUUUGGAGGCUACACACAUCGGGGAAACUCAAUCUUUGGUUUGGCCCCGACAAUGAGUGAUAUUGACCAGAAGCCCUUCACAUCCAUUCUCUAUGGAAAUGGCCCAGGGUUUAAGUUGGUUAAUGGUGCUAGAGAAAAUGUCUCUGCUGUGGAUUACAAUCAAAACAACUACCAGGCACAAGCUGCUGUUCCCUUGAAAUCGGAGACUCAUGGCGGUGAAGACGUGGCCAUAUUCUCCAAAGGUCCCAUGGCUCAUCUUCUUCAUGGAGUCCAGGAGCAGCAUUACAUUCCCCACGUCAUGGCCUACGCAGCUUGCAUCGGUCAAAACAAAAACCACUGCCGUACAAGCUCCGGUUCCCCUUCUCUCAGUAACAUCUCCCCAACGCUGGCCCUUCUUCUCUCAGUUAAAUGGCUUCUGUGCUGACCCCUCUUCUCUGGAUCCUCUGUUAUCUUAUUCUAAUAAGAUCAGGAACUAUCCUAACUGGUUCUCUCAAGGGGAAUUUAUGUUUUUUCUAUAACGGGAUCAAGGGAUCGGAACCAAUUGUUGUAUAACAAGCUCACACUACACCAUUUUAGCUCUGAGAUUUUGUGAGGUCUGUCAAAAUUUUGGGAUCAAAAAGUUUAUAUUUUUUUUAAGAAAUGUGUACUUUCAAGGACACAUUAAAUGUAUUAAAAGUGACAGAAAUUGUCACACUGAAGACUGGGGUAAUGACGCUGAAGUUUCAGAAUUGCAUCAUAGGAAUAAAUUACAUUUUAUGUAUUAAAACAGAAAAUGUAUCAAUACUAUGAUUUUAAUGUAUUUUUAUAUAAAUACAUGCAGAAUAAAUGCAUUUCAAAACUGGUCCCAAACUUUUGAACAGUAGUAUAUAUUAGCGGCAGAUGAUUAAAAAAUAAAGUAUGUUUAUAAGUAUAUAAUUACAAUGUAAUGCUUUCUGAUUAUGAGCGCUUUGGGCAAUGUGAAAUUUGUGUAGUGUGAGCUAGGGAUUUUUAGUUACCUUAUAUUUUCCCCCCAAACAAUCAACAAAGCAAUGAAUAAAUGACUUGAAAUAAACAAAGAAGACAGUUUAUGCUUAUUACAGAGAAUACUUUUGUUACAUCAGGACUAACACAAAAAUUAUUCAAAUACAAUCUACCUCACAAACAUGUAAUGCCAUAAGUGCAUUGCAUUCCCCUGUGAAGACCAGUUAUAAAUUCCCAUCAAAGCAAAUCACAAAUUUAAAGAGGUGGUUGAUUGCGAUUUAACUUUUUUAACUUUAGAUAGUUUGUAAUGUUACUGUUUGAGUAUAAACAAUAUCUGCAAAGUUGCAGCGCUGAAAGUUCAAUGCAAACAGAGACAUCGUCUUUUAAAAUUCUGUUAGUUUAACGUCUACAAAAACAGCUGGUAAGAGACUACAACAAGCUUCUUCCAGGGUCUGUUACAUCACAAAACCAGAUAAACCCCGCCUCCGUGAACACGCAACGAAAGGGGCGAGGCCAUGUUGUGCUGCUUUAGAGAAGAGGAAGAGAAAACUAGGGGCGCACGUAAAAAUAUGUGCAUAUAUGAAUCGCGAUUCUGUCUACUAUCAAUUCUAAUGGAUUCACAGUUUCAAAACCAAUGUAUCUAAAGGAGUGGUUCUCAAUCCUGUUCCUCGCAUCGCCCUGCUCUCUCUCUCUCUCUCUCUCUCUCUCUCGGUCUCAUUCAGAUUGUCAGAUUAGCUCCAACAAACUGUUCCAUUUAUAAACUUAUUUUCACAUAGCAAUGAUAAGUGUAAUACAUGGAUGCACGUACGGUUGCUAUGCUGUAUUAAAGCUUUAAUCAGAAUAAAACUAUAUUAAAAGCCAACAGAAGCAGUAGCAUUUACAAACAACAUCGUAUCUAAAAGUAUGAGACAACAACAAACAAACAUACCAUUAAGAGCCGUGCUUGCACAGGUUCUGCAGGAUCCUCUUCAUUAAUAUUCUCUGUGUCUCAAUCUGGCUCAAAUUGUUAACCAAUAUAGAGGACGUCAUUGUUAACAAUACAACUGGAGCACAUUCAGAGCUUGAGGGGCGGGAUGUUCAGACAGCGCUCGAGGCGGUUUAGCGAAUCACAACACACUGAGCCAGCUAGCCAAUCUUAGCCCAUCGGGUAUUUCUGAGGGAGGGGCUUUAUAAUAAUAGGAAAUAAAUCAAGCCGUUUGUCAGAGAAGGGAUAGAUCAUUGUGGAAUAAAGGUAAAUUAUGUGAAAAAUAAUAAAAAAACGAAGCAUGAACACAUGUUAAACUGCACCCCAUGAACACAAUCAAGCCUAGAAAACAGUAAACCACCCCUUUAAAUCAACCCUACUGUUUUAAUUGUUACUUUUUCAGAUGGACUGUUUUCUUUUACUAGUCAAACCAUGUUUGCAUCCCUUGUAUGCAAAGUAAAAAUGUACAUUGAUGUUUGGUUUGGAAAUGCUUGAUUCAGAUUAUACUGAUUUUUGAUGUGAUAGUCGAUGUUUUUGAAUGAUAGUUGUGCAGUUGUCAUCUGUUUAUAGCUUCUGUGAGUCUCUUUAUGAAUGUAUAGGCAAUUCAUGAAUAAUGGCAAAACUAUGGAUUUAAAUGAAUGACAAUUUUCCUAGGCUUUUCACUUGGACCCAAAUCCAAACAUUCUGUUAUCUCAGACAUUGCAAGUCAUCAAAAAAAUACAAAGAAUAAAGAACACCGGGAGGAA